AGUGAAAUUUACUGAUGCGGAGGCCGGGUGGUGAGAAAAGUUCAACUGGGCGUCCAUUGAUUUUUGCAUAUCCACCGUUCGAUCCGUCAGUCCUAUCAGAAACUGAUAUCGUGAGAACAAAUUCAGGUGGCUUUAUAACACAUUUAGCCUGGUUACUUAUGCAACAGAAGUUUUUAUGCGGUAUCAUUAUCGAGGAUGUGAAAAUCGUAUCUAAAGAUGUAGAGUUUUGUCAAUUGCUCACAUGUUUUCUAAAAGUUUACUCUCGUCAGGUUAAUCGUGGUCGAAUAAUUUGUUUCAAUGAAUCAAAAGUUGAACCUGGCAGUAUAUUCUCGUCUUUCGCACAGUACGAGUAACAUGAAUAAAUGAUGAAUAUUAUUGUGACAGUUGAUGGCGAGGAGGACGAUGAAACAUACGAAAAUUGAUUCCAGUGUUAAUUAUUCAGAUUUUUGUUUUGCUAAUUACAAUCACUUCUGAUUGAUGUUUCUGUACAUUUUCUUUCAACUUCUUUCAUGACUACUAAGUACCAUUUUAACAA